CAUAGUUCACGUGUCGAAUUGUAUAUCGCUCUUGAUAUUAUUAAGAGAUUUUAAUACAUAGAAACUUCUAUUCGUGAUUUUAUUUGCACAUGACAACCCAAUUUCUGCUAAGUUCUACGUCAGGAAUUGUACAACUUUCUUCAUUAUAUACCUGAAUCAAAUUUUAUUUUAUAAUUGAGAGUUUAUAAUUGUAAUUCUUCGACGCGACGUUAAACACGUUAUAUUAAUACAAUAAAUGCUUGUUUAUUGUAUUAGAAAGUGUGAAAUACUUUUUAAAUAAGUAUGACGAAUUAUAUAAAAAAUCGAAAACAAAUUUUAGUUCAUAACAUAUAUAUAUGAUAAUUCUUCAAUAAGAAGAAUAAGAAAUAAGUACUUAAAUGUAGUUUAUAUUCAAGCAUUCAUAAUGAAUGUUUAUAAUAAAAUUAGGGUAAAAUUUGUAAAACAGUUCAUAGUACAAAUUAAUAUGAGAGUAGCUUUAUCUACAAAGAAUAGAACACAUUAUGAAACGUUGGGAAUAUCUCCAAAUGCUACACAUAAUGAAAUAAAGUCAGCAUAUUAUAAAUUAACUUUAAAAUAUCACCCUGAUAAAAAUAAAAGCGAAUCUGCAAAACACAUGUUCCAAAAAAUUUCAGAUGCAUAUGGUGUGCUUGGUAAUUACAAGUCACGUAAACAGUAUGAUAGAAGUAUUGCAGUUAGACAUGGAAGAAUAAACGUAGUUCAUAAACCUGUGUAUAAACAGGAUAAUUUUGAAAGUGAUGCACCACCAAUAAAGCAAAAAAUUUAUGACUUUGAUGAAUGGACUCGAGCACAUUAUCAGAGAACUUUUGAAUCUGACCAGCGUAGAAGAUGGUUGAGAAAAAGAUUUAAUGAAUCUAAACCAAAACCAAGUGAAGUAGACCUUGGUGCUAUUAUUUUUCUAGGGCUAACUGUAUGUACUGUAUUUGGUUUCAUUGCUUACUUCAAAACACAAGAAGAUCAUGAUGUACCAUUGGAUAAAGAAAAGAAAUAAUUAAAAAUUUUAUUUUUAGUAAUACUAUUCUUUAUUCCAUGAAGAAUUAUUAAUAUAAU